CCUUCCGGUCCACCAACUUAGAGGGAGGAGCGAUUGAGAUGAACUUUACCUGUGUGCUGCAAGUCUGUAAAGGCGACUGUGAAGAGUCUAACUGCAUGGGCUAUGCCGGUUGGGGACGCAAGAAGCGAGAUGUUACGCCUGUCAACGUGAUAGGAGAAAUCAAUGCAUCGAACAAAGUCCCGAGCAAGAAAGAAAGCGUGGGGUCCAUUGGACAUAACAUUGCCAAAAGACAGACGGAGGAUUUCGAUAUCGACGUCGGGGCUCGAGUUAAAAUUGUGGAGAAAUAUUCCGAAAUCCAAAUCAUCACAGAAGAAACGAUGUGCAUGAAUGGAGCAGUACUCAUCACCACUAUCGUGUUUCUCAGCACGGGGGUAAUUUGCUUAGCAGGGUCCACUUUCGUUUUCUACCGGAAAUUCGCCAGUGCGCAUGCUCAGGCGUUGUUAGGACAGCGACAAAGUGAUCUUCCCGUUCGGAACGACUCGGCUCCUUACUAUAGUAUUCCAUUCGACAAGAACAUUUAAAGCUUUUUUUAUAGAUGUUGUCUGUUUUGCUUGUUCACGUCGGUAUAUUAAUGGAGAACAAGAAAACAUGUAAACAAAAAAAUGACUUAUAUUUUUAACAUUAUAAUGAUAAAUAAAAAUGUUCAUUUAUUUGAGAAUAUAUAGUUUAUUUUAGGACAAUAUUAA